ACAGUAAUUAUCCAAAGCAGAAACUUCAUCCACUGCCAGCUGUUAUGUUAAUGCACCAUAAAUGGCACUGAUAAAAGCACUGUAAACAUUGUCAAGUCUCAAAGGGCAUUCUGUGGUAUCAGUCAGAGCCUGUGCUGCAUGAGAAGAACACAGCCUUCGACAAUUUCUCCUGAUUUAUAACAUUUGUUUGUUUUUUAUUCAUCGCAAUGUGUACUGGGAAGUGUGCGCGGUUAGUGGGGCUAAUACUUCUGCCUUCAGCUUUUUUGUGUAUAAUAGCGAAUAUACUUUUAUUCUUCCCUAAUGGAGAACAGUUGGAAACUGACCAGAUUUCCCUUCAAGUCUGGCUUAUGGGAGGUGUUCUUGGUGGAGGAUUAAUUAUGAUGUGUCCAAGCUGCUCAGCCAUCAGAGCCGGGGGCAAAGGCUGUUGCGGGGCGGGUUGCUGUGGAAACCGUUGCCGUAUGCUGAAUUCUGUUUUCUCGUCUGUGUUUGGCAUUGCUGGGUCGGCCUAUUGUGCCUGUGUUGCCAUUGCAGCACUCGCUGUUGGGCCAAAAUGCCAAAUUGAGGGUGGUAAAUGGGAAUAUCCCUUUGAGGAUACGGUAGGGAACAGCAGUUACCUAGCGGAUAAGUCUAUAUGGUCCGAGUGUGUCUUUCCCGAGAAUGUGAUUCUCUGGCACAUCGUGCUGUUCUCCAUACUUUUGGGACUGUCUCUGAUCCAGAUGAUACUCUGUGUCAUUCAGGUUGUGAAUGGAUGUGUGGGCUGCCUGUGUGGAGACUGCCGAAAAAGAAAAUCGGAUGAGGGAGGUCUGUAAGAUCUGCGGAGGAGGAAAACAACAACAAACAAAUCAACAAUGAUAACAGGACAAGAGCUUUCACACAACACUUACAACUUGCAAUACAUGCCAUCCCUAAAGUGAUGUUGUUUGUAAAUGUAACCGUAUUUUAACUUUAUUAUGUGUUAGUGCUAUUGUAGCAGUACAUUAUAAACAAAUAUCAAGUAGUAGAAAUGUAGAAAUACUUUGUCCUUUUUUAUAAACUUUGUGCAUUUUGGAAUCAUCAGGUCCUAAUGAUCCAAAACAACCUUCUUUCACAAUAAACAUAAUUUGCUGACA